CUAUAGAUAAUAAUAAUCUAUAGCCGUGAAAAAUCUGAGCACGCUAUUUGUCAUUGUCCUGUAUUCUAAAUCGUCUCAUCGUAAUUCGUUGCUAAGAAUUUAUUUAAUUUUUAUUACCCAAAGACAAACAUUGGCUGUACGAAAUGUUUAAAAAAUUUGAUGACAAAGAUAGUGUGAUAGGUAUUCAACAGUUAAAGUCAUCUGUUCAAAAAGGUAUUAGAACAAAAAUCAUCGAUCAAUAUCCAACUCUUGAAGAAUAUAUUGAUAUGAUAUUACCUAAAAAGGAUGCAUUAAGAAUUGUAAAGUGCCAAGAUCACAUUGAAAUAAUUGUUAAUUCAGCUGGCGACUGUUUAUUUUUUCGACAUAGAAAUGGUCCUUGGCUGCCUACAUUGAAACUUCUUCACAGAUAUCCAUUCUUUCUUCCUAAAGAACAAGUGGAUUUAGGUGCAAUCAAAUUUGUUAUGAGUGGCGCCAACAUUAUGUGUCCUGGUUUGACUUCUCCUGGAGCAAAAAUUGAACCUGUUCCACAAAAUACAAUUGUAGCUGUAAUGGCAGAAGGAAAACAACAUGCUCUUGCCAUUGGAAUAACUAGUCUUUCUACUGAUGAUAUAUUGAAAGUGAAUAAAGGAGUUGGCAUUGAAAAUUGUCAUUAUUUGAAUGAUGGACUUUGGCAAAUGAAACCUGUCAAAUAAUGGAGCUAAGUGUUAUAAAAACUUGUAAUAAAUUAUAUACAAAUUUAAUUGUAAAUCGUAUAUUAAAUAAGAUAUCUCAUCUUGAAUCUGAAUGAAAACAAUUUCCAGAUUAUGAAUACAAAUAAAUAUGAGCGUUGUAUUUAUUAAAUACAGAUUUUUUUCUUAA